AUGACCGCUGUGCUGCCUCUCGUGCUGCCUGCGCUGCUGCUGGCAGGUGCCGCGCUGCCACCAGCUGCCGCCUCUGCGCAGCGCUCUGUGGCCCGCAUGGACGGGGAUGUCAUCAUUGGUGCCCUCUUCUCGGUCCACCAUCAACCACCAGCUGAGAAGGUGCCUGAGAGGAAGUGUGGGGAGAUCCGGGAGCAAUACGGCAUCCAGCGGGUGGAGGCCAUGUUUCACACCUUGGAUAAGAUCAACGCUGACCCAGUGCUGCUGCCCAACAUCACGCUGGGCAGCGAGAUCCGCGACUCCUGCUGGCACUCUUCGGUGGCCCUGGAGCAGAGCAUUGAGUUCAUUCGGGACUCACUCAUCUCUAUCAGGGAUGACAGGGAGGGUGGUGGGCGCUGCCUCUCCGACUCACAACCACAGCCCCCAGGCCGCCUGAGGAAGCCCAUUGCAGGAGUAAUUGGCCCUGGUUCCAGCUCAGUCGCCAUCCAGGUGCAGAACCUCCUGCAGCUCUUUGACAUCCCACAAAUUGCCUAUUCUGCCACCAGCAUCGACCUGAGUGACAAGACUCUCUACAAGUAUUUCCUCCGUGUGGUGCCCUCUGACACACUCCAAGCCCGCGCCAUGCUUGAUAUUGUGAAGCGUUACAACUGGACUUACGUGUCUGCUGUGCACACUGAAGGAAAUUAUGGGGAAAGCGGAAUGGAGGCCUUCAAAGAGCUGGCUGCCCAAGAGGGUCUCUGCAUUGCUCAUUCUGACAAGAUCUAUAGCAAUGCUGGGGAGAAGAGCUUUGAUCGCCUGCUCCGCAAGCUGCGAGAAAGAUUACCCAAGGCUAGAGUGGUGGUUUGCUUCUGUGAGGGCAUGACGGUGAGGGGGAUCCUCAUUGCCAUGAGACGUCUGGGAGUGCUUGGGGAGUUCCUGCUAAUUGGAAGUGAUGGUUGGGCAGACAGAGAUGAAGUCAUUGAAGGUUAUGAACAGGAAGCAAACGGAGGCAUCACCAUCAAACUGCAAUCUCCAGAGGUCUUGUCAUUUGAUGACUAUUAUCUGAAGCUGCGUCUGGACACCAAUACCCGCAAUCCCUGGUUUCCUGAGUUCUGGCAGCAUAGAUUUCAGUGUCGCAUCCCUGGACACCCAUUAGAGAAUCCCAACUUCCAGAAGAACUGCACUGGUAAUGAAAGCCUAGAAGAAAACUAUGUUCAGGACAGUAAAAUGGGAUUCGUCAUCAAUGCUAUAUAUGCUAUGGCUCAUGGACUCCAAAACAUGCAUCAUUCCCUUUGCCCAGGACAUGUUGGGCUGUGUGAUGCUAUGAAGCCAAUUGAUGGCAGCAAACUCUUGGAGUUUCUCCUCAAGUCCACAUUCAUUGGUGUUUCUGGAGAAGAAGUUUGGUUUGAUGAAAAGGGAGAUGCCCCAGGAAGGUAUGAUAUUAUGAACCUGCAGUACAUAGAGCCCAAUCGCUAUGACUAUGUCCUCAUUGGAACUUGGCAUGAGGGUGUCCUCAACAUUGAUGACUACAGGAUUCAGAUGAACAAGAGUGGAAUGGUCCAAUCAGUGUGCAGCGAGCCUUGCUUGAAGGGGCAGAUAAAGGUGAUCAGGAAAGGAGAAGUGAGCUGCUGCUGGAUUUGCACUGCUUGCAAAGAGAAUGAAUUUGUUCAGGAUGAAUUCACUUGUAAAGCCUGUGAACUUGGCUGGUGGCCAAACGCUGAACUGACAGGCUGUGAACCCAUUCCUGUAAAAUAUCUUCAGUGGAGCAAUAUAGAAUCUAUUGUGGCUGUGGUCUUUUCCUGCCUGGGGAUCCUGGUCACCAUGUUUGUCACCCUUAUCUUUGUGCUCUACAGGGACACGCCUGUUGUCAAAUCCUCCAGCCGGGAGCUCUGCUACAUAAUCCUUGCUGGCAUCUUUCUGGGUUAUGUCUGCCCUUUCACCCUUAUCGCAAAACCCACCACAAUAUCCUGCUACCUCCAGCGCCUUCUGGUGGGUCUCUCUUCUGCCAUGUGCUAUUCUGCCCUUGUGACCAAAACCAACCGCAUUGCACGCAUUCUGGCAGGCAGCAAAAAGAAGAUUUGUACCCGCAAGCCACGCUUCAUGAGUGCGUGGGCCCAAGUGGUCAUUGCCUCCAUUUUGAUCAGUGUGCAGUUGACACUGGUGGUCACGCUGAUCAUCCUGGAGCCCCCGAUGCCCAUCCUCUCCUAUCCCAGCAUUAAGGAAGUUUACCUUAUCUGCAACACCAGCAAUUUGGGUGUCGUGGCUCCUGUGGGCUACAAUGGACUCCUCAUCAUGAGCUGCACUUACUAUGCCUUUAAGACUCGCAAUGUGCCUGCCAAUUUCAACGAGGCCAAGUACAUUGCAUUCACCAUGUAUACCACUUGUAUCAUCUGGCUGGCCUUUGUACCUAUCUAUUUUGGGAGCAACUACAAGAUCAUCACCACUUGCUUUGCAGUGAGCCUGAGUGUGACAGUGGCCCUGGGGUGCAUGUUCACUCCUAAGAUGUACAUCAUCAUAGCCAAGCCCGAGAGGAACGUCCGCAGUGCCUUCACCACCUCAGAUGUGGUGCGUAUGCAUGUCGGGGAUGGCAAGGCACCUUGCAAGUCCAACACUUUCCUCAACAUAUUCCGGAGAAAGAAACCAGGGGCUGGAAAUCCAAAUUCUAAUGGAAAGUCUGUGUCAUGGUCUGAACCAGGUGGAAGACAAGCUUCCAAGGGCGAGCACAUGUGGCACAGACUCUCAGUGCAUGUGAAGAACCAGGAGACAGGGUGCAAUCAGACAGCCGUGAUCAAACCCCUCACUAAAAGCUACCACGGCCAAAGCAAGAGCCUGACUUUUACCGAUAUGAGCAGCAAGACUCUGUACAACGUGGAGGAGGAAGAAAAUAGAGAGCCUGUCCGCCUCAACCAACCUAGCAGUCCCUCCAUGGUGGUGCAUAGGCGGGUGGCAACCACUCCACCCUUGCAGGCUGCAGCGGAGGAGACGUGUCUCUUCCUGCCCGAGCAGUCCUCCAAGGACCUGCCCCUGCAGCCCCGUUCUCUCAUGGAGCAGUUGCAGGGGGUGGUCAACAAGCUGGCCACUGGCAUCCCUGACUUCAGUGCUGUCCUCCCUGCACCUGGCUCAGGGAACGGCGCGCGGCCUCCCCAGCAGUCACCCCUGCUGCCUCUCCAGGCAGCUGACUUUGGCGGGGAGCCCCUGUCUCCCCCAGCUGAGGAAGCGGAGAGUGAGAAGCUGAAGCUCAUUCAGGGAUACGUCUACGAGAAGAGCACAGAGGAUGAGGAGGACGAGGAGGAGCCAGCGACCAGCAAGCUCACCCUGGACGACUCACCUGCACUGACGCCUCCGUCCCCUUUCCGGGAUUCGGUGGCUUCAGGUAGCUCCGUGCCCAGCUCCCCUGUGUCGGAGUCAGUACUCUGCACACCUCCAGACGUGAACUAUGCUUCUGUCAUCCUAAGGGAUUAUAAGCAGAGCUCGUCCACCCUAUAG